GCGCGGCGAGCCGGUGCUGAAGUGGAGCGGGCGGUGGGGGCAGUGGGAGCAGGAUGCCGUGUAUGUUUUCGCCGCCGUGGUAGCUGACAUAGAGGUGCACGGCGACCGCAGCCUUGCCCAGAGAGCGCUCGACGAGAUUAGCCAGGAGAUCCGCAGUGAGCUCCCGCAAGGAUGCUCGUGCGUGCACGCGGGCUGGGCCGGAGCGGCGGCUGCCCGCGGGCCGCGCACGCUGCGGGCCGCCUUGUCCUGCGACGUGCCCACGUGCGAGCGCCUGCGGCAGCGGUGGCAGCGGCGUCCCAUCUGUGGAGGCGCUAUGUACGCCUCCGUGGUGGCUUUCAGCGACACUGGAUCGCCGACCCACGUCGCCGCCAUCUCGAAGGAGCUCGCGCGGCGGCCCUUGGGGGAGACUGGGCUGCUUCUCAAGCUGCCUUCCCGCUGGGUUCCGCUGGCGGUUGAGCUCGUGCCAGGGCAGGGGUGGGCGAAGCUGCCGGCCGACAACCACUGGGCGCGUUUCGCGGCGCUCUUCGGGGAUGUCCUGACCGCCGAGGUCGCCAGCCAGGCCAGCCCAGAGAGCGAGGGGGAGGUGGGGCUGCUGGUGCACUUCGCCGACGGGCGUGGGGCCCGCGCGAUGUGCGAGGCGCUGACAAGGAGGUAUCUCUACAAUCCGCAGAAUCGUUCGUUCAACGACACGCUCCCUGUCCACUGCGACCUCGGCAACCCGACGUGGCUGAGACGAGCAGCUUUGGGGACCGCUGCUGCACCUGAGGUUCCUGUGCCCGAGGCGCCAGUCCAGCUCGUGCCCUGCUUCAGGCUGAACCGAUGCGGCGCGACGACGGACCGGACCGCUGGUCCCGACUUCAUGCAGUUGACGCCAAGCAGUCGCGUGCUGGUGGUUGGGCGGGAAAACUGCGACGUCAUCCUCCGGAGGCCUCACAUCUCGAAGGUGCACGCCCGGCUCGAGAUGAGAAUGGAGCCGAGCAAUGGCGAGUGGGUCCUUCUGAUCCAGGACACCUCUGCCAAUGGGACUUGGGUGAAUGAUCAACGGCUUGAUGGCUCGCGCGGCGGCACUACCCAUCUUCGACCUGGAGAUCUCGUGUCAUUCCUCCCGAAGCAGCACAGCUUCUAUGCAGAUGCCCUGCUGUACGAAGUCUUCUUCUCAACUUCAUCAGACAAGCUGGUGGGCACCCAAGCGCCAGCAAUGGUCGGCAGAGCUGCUGGUCGGGACGAUGCCGCUCUCGCGACACAGGGCGCCAGGGGCAUCCGGCGGCGGACCUCGUACGAGGUCACCGGCGGCGGGGCCCCGGCGGCCGCCCCGCAGGAGCAGGCGCCGGGCAGGGCUGGCGUGGGGAAGAGCCGACGGGUAGACGGCGGCGCCGCAGACGGCCAGGUGGUCUGGCUCAGCGCAUCUGCCGAGCAGGUCCCGAGAGACAUGAUGGCGCAGCCGGUCACUGUUCCAGUUGAGCUGGACGGAGACGCCGCUGAUGGAACAGGACCUGGAGCUAGAGGUCCAGACGACCUGUGGUGGUGCCGCCCCGUGGGGCAGAGGGGCGAGCGCCAAGAAUCUUGCUGA